AUGUGGAACGCGACGCCGAGCGAGGAGCCGGGGUACAACCUCACGCUGCCGGACCUGGGCUGGGACGCUCCCCCCGACAACGACUCGCUGACCGACGAGCUCCUGCCGCUCUUCCCCGCGCCACUGCUGGCCGGUGUCACCGCCACCUGCGUGGCACUCUUUGUGGUGGGCAUCGCGGGCAACCUACUCACCAUGCUGGUGGUGUCGCGCUUCCGCGAGCUGCGCACCACCACCAACCUCUACCUGUCCAGCAUGGCCUUCUCCGACCUACUCAUCUUCCUCUGCAUGCCCCUCGACCUAGUCCGCCUGUGGCAGUACCGGCCCUGGAACUUCGGCGACCUGCUCUGCAAACUCUUCCAGUUCGUCAGCGAGAGCUGUACCUACGCCACGGUGCUCACCAUCACCGCGCUGAGCGUUGAGCGCUACUUCGCCAUCUGCUUCCCGCUGCGGGCCAAGGUGGUAGUCACCAAGGGCCGGGUGAAGCUGGUCAUCCUGGUCAUCUGGGCCGUGGCCUUCUGCAGCGCCGGGCCCAUCUUCGUGCUGGUCGGGGUCGAGCACGAGAACGGCACCGACCCUCGGGACACGAACGAGUGUCGCGCCACCGAGUUCGCCGUGCGCUCCGGACUGCUCACCGUCAUGGUGUGGGUAUCCAGCGUCUUCUUCUUCCUGCCGGUCUUCUGUCUCACUGUGCUCUACAGCCUCAUCGGCAGGAAGCUGUGGCGAAGAAAGCGGGGCGAGGCGGCGGUGGGCGCCUCGCUAAGGGACCAGAACCACAAGCAAACCGUGAAAAUGCUGGCUGUUGUGGUGUUUGCUUUCAUCCUCUGCUGGCUGCCCUUCCACGUAGGGCGAUACUUAUUUUCCAAGUCCUUCGAGCCGGGCUCCUUGGAGAUUGCUCAGAUCAGCCAGUACUGCAACCUUGUAUCCUUUGUCCUCUUCUACCUCAGCGCUGCCAUCAAUCCCAUUCUGUACAACAUCAUGUCCAAGAAGUACCGGGUGGCAGUGUUCAGACUUCUGGGAUUUGAACCCUUCUCCCAGAGGAAGCUCUCCACUCUGAAGGAUGAAAGUUCUCGGGCCUGGACAGAAUCUAGUAUUAAUACAUGA